ACAUGAUGUCACGUGACACAAUACUCGUUUAGAUUUUCCAAUCAUCUUUCAUAAUCGUAGACCUCAGUGGCCUGUGCAGUCCUGGCCGAGAAUAUGUCCCGGCGGCUGGUGCUGGUGGCCCUUUUAGUUACAGCCCUCUAUCUUAGCUCCAUUGCCGACGGCUAUCCGUGCUCUUCCACCGAAGGGCUUCCAUUGGUGAGGAACAUCAGUGAGCUUACGCAGAAUAGUUAUGGUAGACCCGGUUUGUCUCACAUGACCAUAGCCGGUUCGCUUUUACAUGGGAUGAAAGAGGUUGAGGUGUGGCUGCAAACAUUUGCUUCUGGAUCUCACACUCCAAUUCAUAGGCAUUCAUGCGAGGAAGUGUUCGUGGUAAUAAAAGGGAGUGGGACUCUUUAUCUUGCUUCUAAUUCAUACUCCAAGUACCCUGGCAACCCACAAGAGUUUCCUAUCUUCUCUAAUAGCACGUUUCAUAUCCCUGUUAAUGAUGCUCAUCAGAUAUGGAACACAAACAAAGAGGAGGAUUUACAGUUCUUGGUUAUUGUCUCUCGUCCUCCAGUUAAAGUGUUUAUAUAUGAUGACUGGCAUAUGCCGCAUACUGCAGCCAAAUUGAAGUUCCCUUAUUAUUGGGAUGAAGAGUGUUACCUGAUGCCUCCAACAAAAGAUGAGCUUUAACUUGAAAGCAAGAAUCUUGCACAAUUAGUGGAAGUCAAAUUUUAUCCAAUCAGUUGCAAGCAUGACGCAUGCAGUGUUCUCUUUUCGAGAGGUACAAUUAAACUCUUGCCUUCUUCAGAUCAAAAGGACUAGUAUUGUAUGGUUCUGUUGGAUGGGUGCAUUUAAUUACCUUUUCUGCUGGAUGCUUCAGAGCCCAAGAUUUUGUAGCAAGCAUUUUGAGAAUAGCCAAUUUCCAUUGUAUAUUUUCUAUAUAAGAAUGAGAUAUUACUAUAGCAGACUGAAGUAUGACAAAAGUUCUGUGGAGAUCUUCUUCUGUACCAACUUACAUGUUCGAUUAAAGAAUUGACAAGUUUCUUCUCUAUCGUUUGUUUCA